CAUCGACACCACGCGCCCGCAACUCAGCCAUCGCAUCGCAGACGCCAAGCGUAGCAGAAGGUCUAGACGUCCUGGAAGACUACUGCGAUGAGUCGCCCUGCUGCUCAGAGUCAGGCAGCUCCGGGGAAUAUUGACGAGCUCAAUAAGAUCGUCAUCGACUAUCUCAACAAGAAGGGAUACACGCGCACAGAGGCUGUCUUACGUCUCGAGGCGAAUCGUACGACGGGCGCCUGGCUUGAUGGAACGCCACAGGCGUAUGACCAUGCGUAUAAAAUGCUCGCUUCCUGGACUGAAGCCUCGCUUGAUAUUUACAAGCCAGAACUGCGCAAGCUGCUCUUCCCAAUCUUUGUGCACUCCUUCCUGGAUCUUGUACAAAAGGGCCAUGCACAAGCUGCGAGACAGUAUUUUGAAGAAGCAAAAGGUGAUCAUCUCGCAAACCAUGGCUACGACGUACGCCAGAUGCAAGCGGUCGUACUGCCCACGCACGUUGAAGAAAAUGAGCUCGCAAAGCUGUACAGAAAUCACAAGUAUCGUGUCUCGCUCUCAAAGACUUCCUUUGACUUGAUGCUGAAUUUCAUGUUUGAGAACGAAGCAGAGGGCGGUGCCAUCAUCAUGCGUCUUGUCAACCAGUACAUCGAAGUACAGGCCAUGUCUGGGCGCCCAGGUCAAGUUCCACAGCAAGCAGAGGGCAUCAAGGGCCACAAUAGCCAGCAAAUUGAUGACUUCAAUCAACAAGCCCUCAAGUUAGGGGCAAUGCCAAUGGAUAAAGACAUGGCCAUGGACGUUGAGCUCGAGUUGGCUGAUGAAGAUGCACAACUUGCUGCUUCAGCGCAACAAAGCCACAUUGCUCCAUCAGAGCCGACUACAUUGCAACAGGAUUUUCAAAAGAUGCUCAAGGACGAAGCAGAAGGCGAACAGCCGGCGGCCGAUGCCAUUCCAUUUCCACCAUACAAGGCCAUUGAUAUUGCUACUGAAGUUGAAAACAUCAAAGACGCUCGAAAACGCAUAGCACUCGGCUCCGCCCCAGCGUCUCUGCCAAGCGUUUGCAUGUAUACCUUUCACAACACCCACGACAAUUUGCAUUGUGCAGAGAUCUCUCCAGAUUCUAGCAUGAUUGGAUGUGGAUUCGGAGAGUCGUACGUCAAAGUCUGGGCGAUCAAGGAGAAAUCACGGGGCGUCGAGGUCCCGCGAACCACCAAGCGUAUGAUAGGACAUUCGGGCCCUGUCUAUGGUGUUGCCUUCAGUCCUGAUAAUCGAUUCUUGCUGUCUUGCUCUGAGGACAAGUCAGCCAGACUGUGGUCACUAGACACACAGACCAGUCUUGUUGCGUACAAGGGCCAUAACCAACCAGUCUGGGAUGUUGCGUUCAGCCCGUUCGGUCAUUACUUUGCCACCGCAAGUCACGACAUGACAGCGAGACUAUGGAGCUGCGACCACAUCUAUCCACUCCGCAUUUUUGCCGGUCAUUUGAGCGAUGUCGAUUGUGUUUCAUUCCACCCAAACAGCACAUACGUCUUGACUGGUUCAAGCGACAAAACAUGCCGGCUGUGGGAUAUCGCUCGAGGUCAUUCAGUCAGAGUCUUUGCCGGGCACACAGCACCCAUCACUGCCUGCACCAUUAGUCCCAAUGGACGCAUGAUUGCUUCCGGUGGCGAAGACGGCGUCAUUGAGCUUUGGGAUAUCGCUUCGGGCCGGCGUAUGAAGACCAUGAAGGGACACGGAAAAUCUCCCAUCUACUCGCUGUCCUUUUCGCAGGAAAACAGCGUCCUUGUCAGUGGUGGUGCAGAUGCCACGGUACGCUGCUGGGAUGUGAAGAAGCCAAACAAUGACUCGAGUGAGACUGGCACUCCGCUCUCACAGCUUCAGGACGGCGCAGGCACGCUCAACACAAGUGCUGCGCCAGCUGCAGCCACAAAGGAAAGGAAGGAGUUGUUGCAGACCUCAGACCACAUGCUGUCCCUCGGGACCAAGCAAACACCUGUUUACAAGGUGCAUUUCACAAAGCGUAAUCUUUGCCUCGCUGUGAGUGCGAGCGGGACUAUAUAG